UACAGAAUACGGCAUCGCCGACAACAUCAACUGUGCUGCCGUGCGAAAGCCAAUUAUGCUCGACACAUUCACGAAGCCAUAGUGCGUCGCACCCUGCCAUCAUGACCAACCCCGAAGUCAAGGCCUCUGCCUCAAGAACACCCAUAACCAUCUUGACCGGCUUCACGGGGUGCGGCAAGACCACUCUGAUCCUCAAUCUUAUCCCGCAAUUGCGAAAGCAGAAUCCGGACUACAAGCUCGCUAUGAUCAAAAAUGAGAUUGGCGAUGUAGCUGUAGACUCUCAGCUGGCCGACUCCGCAAGUAUGGCCGCCACACAAGAGCUGCUUGGAGACUGCAUCUGUUGCGUGAAUAUCGGACAGAUCGGCGAAGCACUCAAAGACCUUGAUACUCGCGUCAAGCCCGAUCGAAUCAUCAUCGAGACCUCUGGAAGUGCAGAGCCGCUGAAGCUGGUUCUUGAAAUCAAGCGGCUGAGCGACGCAACGGGGAGAUAUGAGCUCGAUGGUAUUAUCAGUGUCAUCGAUGCCGAGAACUGGGCUGGAUACGCCAGCAAGUCAUUCACCGCCAAACUCCAGGCAAAGCAGACCGAUAUGAUUGUCAUCAACAAGUGGGAGGCCCUGUCAGAACGAGACUACGACAACUUCCUUGACAAGCUUGGAGAUCUGGACGUAGACACGCCACAAGUCAAGAGCGACAAAGGGUGCUUGGCGAAAGAUCUUCUCUUCGGCUUCGAUGCAAAGCUUGCCCGACCUUGGCUAGUGGAAGACACUCACAGCCACGAUCAUAACCACGAUCAUGAACACGACGAUACCGAAAAGCACACGUCGGAGGUAGAGUGCGUCUCGGUGACUCUUCUAUCGAAGGAUGGCACUCCGGCCUGCGUCGACUUGGCUACGCUGGAGUCUCUGCUCAAAGCUGCACCCAAAGACGAGGUAUACCGCAUAAAAGCAGUGUGUUACCUGUCAACGGUGCCCCAGAACGCAAACACAGGAAGUACCGACAGUGAGGCCCGUCGAAUGCGAUAUAUUCUCAACUGGUCUUUUGGUCGCUGGCUCUGGUCACGCGUCGACACAAAAAUGAACGACUCGACUGUCCUGCGAAUGAGUAUCUUCACAGCACCCUACGAGAGCACCAAAUGGUCCAAGAAGGCCAACGAGUUCGUCAGGCUUGAGGGUGAUGUCGGAAAUGGCGAGUUGCAAGUGACAAGGGUGCAAUGA